GCUCAGGAAUUUACGAAGUUAGAAAAACUUAUUGUCCCAAAGAAACCGAACUGUUCAGAGGGAAAAGAUGAAUCUGUUUGGGAAUCUGUUAAGCCCGUUGAACAAUUGUCCCCCCGGGGAUAGGGUCCCGGAAAUGAGUCCACAACUCCUGAAAAUCAUGAGUUUUUUCAAAGCACCGGAUCCACCCGAGAUCCCAGCGUGGGAAAUAGGACUGAAAAUCGCCUUCUACAUUCCGUCUAUUGUCAUUAACCUUGUCGGAAACAGUCUGGUGAUCUUGAUUCUGGCUUUCAACAAGAAGAUGAGAACCACCACAAACUUACUUAUACUGAACUUGAGUGUUUCGGAUAUAUUGGUCGCUUGCUUUUGUUCCUGGAUUCAUUUGGUCUCACAAGUGACAGCUGGUAACCAGUGGAUAUUUGGCGCAUUUAUGUGUAAAUUCAGUUCUUUUGCUCAAGUUGCGGCCUUGACCUCAAGUGUUUUGACCUUGACCGUCAUUUCCUUGGAGAGAUUUCAAGCGAUUGUGUUUCCACUGAAGCGGAAGUUGUCCCACAAUAUCACUAUGGUGGUGAUCGUCUGCUCCUGGAUUAUAUCCAUGGGGACGGCCUCCCCCUAUUUAUUUGUUAAAGAACAGAGUGAGCGACAAUAUUCAGACAUGUUGCAAGUACUGUGUAAGGAGAACUGGCCGUCAUAUUAUAUUGGCCUCGAUGAAGAUGGGAAAUGCGAGACAGACCAGCCUGGAAUGAGGCUAUAUUUCACUCUGACCUUCGUCAUCAUGUACGCCAUGCCAAUUCUAGUUAUGGGAGUCACCUACAGUAUUAUAACGUGGACCCUCAUGACACGUAAGGGGCCCGGGGGUAAAGGAACCUCCUCCAUAGACAGGGCCAGAAAAAAGAUCAUCCGCAUGUUGAUAAUGGUUCUGGUGUUCUUUGUGAUCUGUUGGACUCCACAGUGGGGCCUACUCCUCAAUGAUGCAUACUUCCCACCAAAGGGAAAUCAAAAGAGAGACGAUUAUGUGGUAGCGUUGAAGUACAUGGCGCUGUAUAUUGCCUACACCAACAGCGCCAUCAACCCGAUCAUGUACGCAGGCUUCAACGAGAAUUUCCGGCGCGGGUUUUUGGACGCCUUCAAGUGCCGACUUUGGAGCAAGAAAAAUAGAAUACAUUCAGAUGUAGGGAAUUCAAACAUUCCUGCUGGGUCACUGCGGAACAACGCCGGAACGAGUAGGGGUGUGUCAGCGUUCACUAGAGCGACCAAAUCUGGGGGCGAGGACGACUCACAAGUUUACGGUGCUUCCAAAGACUAACAUUACAAACUAUUGUGAAGAAAAAAAUCCUUUGCCCCCUUUCAAAUUCAAUUGUAUUUUGAUACACUUUGUACAUUAUAUGUACAUUGUUUACACAGAAGACUCAUGGAAAAGUACAGUGUCGGAUAGACCGAGGGAAAUAAAGAGAAGCACCCUAGACAUUGAAUUACGUUGUGUUUGACUUUUUCAAAGCAGUCUCAGAGACAGAUUUUUGAAGCAA